AUGGGGGUAGUGUCACCGACCAUCUGCCCGAGAUCCCACGCUCCCUCCGACGAGGACCUGAAGGCUACCAGAGAUGGCAAAAUCAAGAUGAAGAGAGAAAUAACGCUGGCCAACGGCAUCUGUCUCAUCGUCGGCAACAUGAUCGGCUCCGGGAUAUUCGUCUCUCCGAAGGGAGUUCUGAUGCACAGCGCCUCCUACGGGCUGUCUCUGCUCAUCUGGGCCCUGGGUGGGAUCUUCUCUGUGUUUGGGGCUCUGUGCUAUGCCGAGCUGGGCACCACCAUCACCAAGUCUGGCGCCAGCUACGCCUACAUCCUGGAGUCAUUCGGCGGCUUCCUGGCUUUCAUAAGACUGUGGACAUCCAUCCUGUUGAUCGAGCCGGCCAGCCAGGCGGUGAUCUCGCUGACCUUUGCCAACUACCUGGUGGAGGCUUUCUAUCCCACCUGUCAGCCGCCGUACGAGGCCAUCCGCCUGAUCGCUGCAGCCUGCCUGUGCGCCCUCAUCUUCAUUAACUGCGCUUAUGUCAAGUGGGGGACCCUGGUCCAGGACCUCUUCACGUACGCCAAGCUCAUGGCUCUCAUCCUCAUUGUCAUCGUGGGACUUUUGAAACUAUUCAGCGGAGAGACCAAAAAUUUGGACAGUCCGUUUGAAGGCUCCACGACGGAUCCGGGGGCCAUCGCCCUGGCGCUGUACUCGGCUCUCUUCUCCUACUCCGGCUGGGACACCCUCAACUUUGUCACGGAGGAGAUACAGAACCCUGAAAGGAAUCUGCCCCUCGCCAUCGCCAUCUCGAUGCCCAUCGUGACCAUAAUCUACCUGUUGACCAACGUGGCCUACUACGUGGUUCUGGACAUGCCGUCCCUGCUGGCCAGUGAUGCCGUCGCUGUGACGUUUGGGAGUGCGGUCUUGGGGCCGUUCAAAUGGAUUAUCCCUGUGUCGGUGGCCAUGUCCUGCUACGGUGGCCUCAACGCCUCCAUCAUCGCGGCCUCACGGUUGUUUUUCGUCGGAGCCAGAGAAGGUCACCUCCCAGACAGCCUCAGUUUGAUCCAUCUGGAGCGCUUCACUCCAAUCCCGGCGCUGUUGUUUAACGGGCUGAUGGGUCUUAUCUUCUUAUGUGUGGAAGACGUCUUCCAGUUGAUCAACUAUUUCAGCUUCAGCUACUGGCUCUACGUGGGCCUGUCAGUGGCCGGACUCAUCUACCUGAGAGUGACUCAGCCUGAUCGACACCGACCUGUCAAGCUGACCUUGUUCUUCCCCAUCGUCUACUGCGUGUGCAGCCUCUUCCUUGUCAUUGUCCCGCUGUAUGGAAACACUAUUAACUCCCUCAUCGGUAUUGCUAUUGGACUAUCUGGAGUUCCAGUUUAUUAUGUCGCCAUCUACCUCCCAGAGGAGAAGAGACCCUCGUUCAUCCGCAGACUAAACGUUUACACCACCAGAUGCACUCAGAAGUUACUGUACUGCUGCCUGACUGAAUUCGACACAGAGAGAGAAACACAAGCUGAAGCCAAGUCACACUGAAAACUGCAUUUAUUCCACUGAAUUACAAACUUGCUGUCUGUGGCUGCUGGGAGGCACAGAUCAAAAUAUCCUUGCAUGGACAGGGAGGCACGUUUCUGUCCGCCAGGUCAAGUUAAAAACAGUCCAGGCUUCUCAAAUGACUCGCCCGGAACUCUGAAGACUCCUCUAGGAAUUUUCAAAGAAGUUGUUUUUUUACUUCAAGUGUUGAUUUGAACGCAACUAUUCCAUGCUGUUUUUUUUUAGACUUUAAGGAAUUGAAUGGCACUUUCCUCUAUUGAGAUACCUCAAAUAUUGAAAUAAAUGUUUUCUGUUUUUACUCUUGGGAACAGUUUUUAAAGGCAGAUGAGAUCAUGCGCACAACAACUAAGUU